AUGCUCAUUUGGAUCGACGAGCGUGACGCCCCUGCUACAGCGGAAGAUGGGGAUGCAACCAUAUGCGCGGAAAUUCCCGAUAAUAAAACGCAUCCGAGACUUUGUAAGAGUGUCAUGACCCACAUGAUUCACGGUCCGUGUGGGUUGAUCAACAAAAAAUUCCCUUGCAUGGACGGCGACAAGUGUUCAAAGGCUUUCCCGAAGCAACAUAGCCAAGAAACACUCCUAAACGAUAACUGCUACCCCACUUACAGACGAAGAGAUACGGGCGUUGUACACCGCUUGAAACGAGGACAAACGCAUUUCGAAGUUGACAACAGAUGGGUCGUUCCUUACAACCCUUGGUUAUCCCUCAAGUAUGACUCCCACAUCAACCUCGAAUACUGCGCAUCCAUCGUCAGCGUAAAGUACAUCUUCAAGUACGUCUACAAAGGGUACGAUUGCCUGAAAAUGGAUCAAAAAGUGGGAACGUAUCAUCUGGCAGAAGGCGAAGAACCAAGGGUGGAGUGGGACGAAAUCACGUGCCAUCUUGAUGCGCGUUACGUCAGCGCGCCGGAAGCCUGUUGGCGAAUCUUCAAGUUUCCCCUUUCCGACCGUUCGCAUGCCAUCUAUCGCCUGGCCGUCCAUUUGACCCGAGAGCAGCCCGUCUUUUUCCAACCGGGAAACGAAAUGCAAGCCGCCAUCAAUGCCGCUUCGAGAGACACCAACCUAACUGCUUUCUUUAAGUUGAAUCGCGUCGACGAGAGCGCACGGCAAUAUUUCUACAGAGAAAUACCUCACCACUACGUUUUCAUCAAGAAAACCAAUUCGUGGAAGCCUCGCGUGAAACGGGCCAAGAUCAUCGGUCGCCUAUACACGGGCCAACAAGCUUUGAAGAUUUGCGAACAGUCGACCAGAUUGUCCAUCCCACUUUCAAAGCGGCAGCAAUAG